GGAUAAUACCAGAGGUGAGUGUGAGUUUGGAGCAGCUUCACUGAGACGAGCCGUCAGCACCGAGAGAAGAAUCCACCGCAGACUGAAACAAUCUGUCGUCCAACGCAAUGAAGAUGCAGUGGAAUCUGUUUCUGCUCAUUCUGACGGGUCAGUGUUUUUUCGUCAUGUGUGUUGAUCAUGAAGAUCAAAUUAUUCUGAUCAAAGAAAAGAAGACCUGGGAGGAGGCCUUGGAUUACUGCAGAGAGAAUCACCAUGACCUGGUCUCCAUCACCAACCAGACACAGCAGACAUGGGUCGAAGGGAAAGUCGGGACCACCAUGACUGAAUCGACUGGGGACGCCGGGACUGACACUGGGUCCAUCUGGCUGGGGCUGCGCUACACCUGCACCCUGGGCAUCUGGUUCUGGGUCAAUGGUGAAGUACUCAACUACGACAACUUCACAUCAACACCAAGUCCUGACUGUAACUCUGCAGCAGCCAUGCAGAAAGUGGACCCCUAUAAGUGGGUCAAAAAUCCGGAUGAUCAGAAGUUUUAUUUCAUUUGUGUUGAAUAGAAAGUGUUCAACCCACCUGAACGCAGUGGGGACACUUUUCAUUUAUCUGGGGCUUUUUUUUUCUUUGCUCGGUACUGUUUAUGCACAUUCUGCUCUCUGGGUUAAUUGAACAGCAACAUGACAAAUGUAGAAAUUACAAACAGACAUUUGUUUUUCUUCUACGUAUUAAAAAAAAUAAUUUAAUGUUUUCGUUAACAUCUGGUGAUGGUUAUAAAAUGUGUGAGACUGUAUUUUAUGUACUCUGAUAUUAAUAAUAUAUAUUUCUGCAAAUUCAUGUGAAGUAAUAAUCGUCUUUUGGGAAAACCAUGAUCCACUCUUACAUUAUGUGUGAAAGAGCUGAAUGUUGUUAUUCUACAAUAAAAUUAAAUCAGGUUAGUUUAUUUAAAAUAUCUAGAUUGUCCUGAAACCUUUGACUCAGCUUUUUCUUCCACAGUUUCUUAAUCUUUAUUAAAGUAGAAAACAAAGACUGUGUCUGAUUUCACUUGGUUUGUUCAACGUCAAUAAAGAGCUUGUGAAAAUGUG